AUACCGUAGAUUCUUGGCUGACUAUAGUUGGUCAAUAGUCGAUAGAUCAAAUUGUUGACGUAUUUUUAUGAUAGUUUGUGACUACGUUACGAUCAGAGUUGAAGCAAAUACUGUAUCUACAUGGUUACGAUGGGCGAACCCCUCACUUUAGCAAAUGAUGUUAAAAGAUCUAUUGAAUUACUAGACAAAUUACAAAAAGGCGGUGAGGUACCUGCAACAAAAUUAGCUGCCUUACAAAAAGUUUUGCAAAGUGAUUUUCUUAGUGCUGUUCGUGAAGUAUACGAACAUGUAUAUGAAACAGUGGACAUUCAGGGAUCUCAAGAUGUUCGUGCAUCAGCUACAGCAAAAGCAACAGUUGCUGCUUUUGCAGCAAGCGAGGGUCAUGCACAUCCAAGAGUGGUGGAAUUACCAAAAACCGAGGAAGGUCUUGGUUUUAAUGUGAUGGGCGGCAAAGAGCAAAAUUCGCCAAUUUAUAUUUCACGAAUUAUUCCUGGUGGUGUUGCUGAUCGUCAUGGUGGCUUAAAACGCGGCGAUCAGCUUCUCUCAGUGAAUGGAGUGUGUGUGGAAGGAGAAAACCACGAAAAAGCAGUAGAACUGUUAAAACAAGCACAGAAUUCUGUGAAACUAGUCGUGCGAUAUACUCCACGUGUUCUGGAGGAAAUGGAAUUACGAUUUGACAAACAAAGGGCUGCACGUAGGCGCCAGCAUAUGCAAUAAAAACAAAAGUUGUUAUAUUUCAUUACUUUUUUUCAAUGACCAUAUACAUAUUGAUAUCAUUUAAAUGUUUACUUCAUUAUUCGUAUGUACACUAUGAAGUUAUUCAAGCAAUAACUUUCACGACAUUUAUGAGACUUAAUUUUAAUAAUACUUUACAAUUAUUGCAACUAUCGCUGCUUCAUAUGUUUUAAAAAGAUAUUGUGUAUGAAUGUUAUAUAGUUUUAAGAAAUAAACUUGAAAAAUAAAGUGAAA